AUGCUACUAAAGGUGAGGCUUGGUGAUGCCCAGAAGUUUGUUCGCAUAACAGAGCCAAACCUGACAGAUUUUCUUGAUGCAGCAUUUGCAAAGUUUGGAGUGCCACCCGUGACAGAAGGUGUUAAGGUCAUUGACAGCUCUGGGACGGAGGUGGAUGAAGAUGUUUUUGAGGAUAUCGUUAAUGAUCCUUCAACUGGUGUGUUGACCAUUCGAUAUGACACAGGUUCUGUCUCCCCUGUGUGCUCCCUGGAACGUUCUCUACCACAGUCACCCAAUACAUCGGAUUCACAGGACACCAUAAUCCUUCCAGUUGGUCCUGCUGAAAAGCGUCAGAGGCUUGAUUUGGAGGCUAAGCAGCUGGUGAAGUCUGUUCUGGAAUCGAAACCAGGUGGAGACCGGGUUGUUAACGAAUAUAAUCGAACCAAGGCCUUGACUGAUGAAACAAGAAGGAAGCUCGUCAAGAUCCUAACAGCAGAUAUGAUUGAGACACAUGGCACAUCGCCACCCAGGCAGGUGAAGGAGAAGUACGCAAGAGGAAUUGUGAACUUAGUUAACCUCAGCGACCCCUUCUCCAAGAAUGGUUAUGAGCACUACUACGAUGGCGAAAGUGGGACGGGAUACCUUGCCUGGAGAAUCAAAACAGUUCAGAGGAGCAGUGCCAAAGAUCGCAGAGCGUCAGGUGAAGGCCCAUCUGGAACAGAACAUGCUGGCGGUCCAACUGCCAAUCGAGAAUUCCAACAUGUUCCAGAGACCACCCUGACUGAAGAGCAAUGUAGGGAGGCCAUCUCAGUGAUGAAACAUUCUACCGAUGAAGAAAUGGUGAAGAGGAAGAUGAAGUUAACGUUUCCCCAUCGUCGUGACUUGGUUGUUGACCCUCAUCAGUCCAGCGAGAUAUUGUCCAUUUUUCCACGAUUCAAAGAUGUGAAAGGAUUGAUUGAACAGGAUUUCAUCCUCAUGUUUGGAGAGGCUACAUCAGUGAAACUUCUGGAGAAAUGGCCGACAACCUUCAAGCAGAAGAUCAUCCGGGAGUGCCAGAAGCUUCCAGCCGUGAAUGAAAUGAAGGAGCUCCUGCUGGCUGCCGAUCCUCCAGAGGAUAACCCAGAAGAAGAUUAUGAAUUGGGUAGGUUUCUCAUGGAAUGCUCUUCUUCCAUGCAGGAUGCAGUUUUGUGGCACAUAGGGGAAGAUGAUGUUACUAUUGAUAUUGAUGAAAGGCCCUCAACAUCCUCAACAACCACAACAUCAGAACCAUUAAAAUCCAAAAGUAACACUUUGGAUAUGUGUGCCACGGCUGUGGCAGAGCUCAAGACAGGGGGUGUAAAACCCAAACGAAACAGACAUUUCUCAAAGAAAUGGGGAAGUGUUGAGCCGAUAGAAAAAGUACUUGGAACAAGGUUUGACAGCAAAAGAAAUAAAACAACAGAAACGUACGACCAGGUCAUCGUGACAGAUAAACUUGCAUAUGUUCCUAUUUUGGAAACGCUGAAGAUGAUUCUUAACAACCCAGAACUUAAAGACAUGUUGAAGCCAAGGGACAUAGCCAAGGAAGGUCUGUAUGCAGACUUGAGAGAUGGUUCCUAUUUCAAAAACAGUCCCCUGUUUUCUGUUGAAAAGGAUGCAUUGCAGAUUCAGCUCUUCUACGAUGAAUUUGAAACAGGAAAUCCUCUGGAUAUCAAGCGCUAUGGUUUCAACACAAUACUUGAGCCAAUUGUCCAUGAUCUAAAAAUUCUUGAAACAGAGGGACUUCACAUUGCCACACAAGGCAAGAUGGUGGAGAUCUCAGAUCUUAUCGGUGGUGUAGACGUUGCUAAGAAAUUAAAAGCUGUAACACCUGUGUAUUCAGCCAAAUGGAUCAAAUACAAUGUGUUAGCUUAA